GUUUCUGGGAUUUGCUACAAUAGCAGUAUAUUAAAAGUUCAUCAAAUUCUUUGUGUACCCAGCUGGGUAGCAAAGGUAUUUUCUUGGACUCUUGAACCAAUCUUCUCAUCUGCGGAACCAACAAAUGAAGUUCGAGUGGGAAUGGGAGCAACAGUUGAUAUCCAGAGGCAGCAGAGAAUGGAGUUACUGGAUCGCCAAAUCAUGAUGUCUCAGGUUGCCCAAAUGAGGCGGCAAAGGCAGCAGCAGGGUGGGAUGAUUAACUGGAAUAGACUGUUUCCUCCUUUACGUCAUAGACAUAAUGCGAAUUAUCAACAUCAUCGCCCAUCUGAACAAGACACACCUCCACCUACUGAGGUUUCUGAAGAGCAGGUUGCACGACUUAUGGAAAUGGGGUUUUCCAGGGGAGAUGCUCUAGAAGCUCUGAGGGCUUCAAAUAAUGACUUAAAUGUAGCCACUAAUUUUCUACUGCAGCACUGAUGGUUUUCUGCGUGGAGGGACUUCACUUGAUGGGUUUGUACACGUCUGAAAGAGGAUCAAAGCCACCUGCUGGACAGACUCACGAAGGUCGUCUCCGCAAGAGCGUCAGAAAAGAGAAAACUGCCUCCUCGUGACUGGUGAUUCAAAGUGAUGUUAACGAAUGACGUGAACUGUUCCCAAGCCUUCAGAUCACUUGGUGGUUUCUAGUCUGGUUAUCCUUUUCAAAGCAACUUUAGUUUCUACUUAUUACUGGAUAUCACCUAAAUUUAUUUUUAAAAUAAAGUAGAUUUUUUUUUUCUUGUAAAUCCUUGUUAGACAUGUUAUCUGACUUAAUAACUAGGAAAAGAAGCUCCAACAACCACAACAACAAGAUUUACAUAUCAAGAAAAAUCAUACUUUUUUCAUCUUCUAAUUUCUGUAGCUUACAUGUUAUUUUACAGUACUUGAUUUUUGAUUACAGUAAUAAGAGGCUUGAAGCUCACUUCAUUUUCAACUCAGUAAAGGGUUAUGGGACUACUAUGUCAUUCUUUGGAAAGUUUUAUUAAUGCCUGUAAUAUUUUAUUUCUUGAAUUCUUUUUUAAAUAAAAGUUGUCGUUCAGCACAUAAUACACAGAUAGGAUGAGAGAAAAUUCAUGUGCAUACUGCAAGCUAUGGUAAGUGACCACUGUAAAUUUAAAUUUUUACAAACUGAGUGAAUU